AUGCAGGCACUUGACGAUGAGCGUAUCAGACGUGUGACCCAGGGCAGCGAAUACAGGACGUCCUCAGCGCCUCGGAACGCCGCCUCUCUGGAUCCUCGCGGGCAUCUCGACUGCCCCUCAACUCGUCGCCGUUCCCUCGGGUUAUCCCGUUAUCUCCGUCGCUCAUCUCCGGCCGUCCAACCUGGAAAGCAUCUCGUGUUGACUUUAGCAUACCGUAUCCUUCACAAUAUCGACAUUUCAGAUAUCGAACGCGAUAUGGUGCUUUUCCUUCUGCUGGAAAUACGAUUCGCAUCGCUGUGUUCACUGACAACUGUGAUCCCAGCCAUGGUUGUUGAACGGACUUUUGCGUCACGUUUUGUCAGCAUCUAUGAAAGAAUACCGAAGCCUUGGGAUCUCUUUAUCUCGUGA